CGAAACGUUUGAUAACCCCCACAUUCAUCUUCCUUCUUGGGGACGAUUCACUACUCUUUAUAUUUGUCGAUCCCUUCUCAAGCCAACCCGUCUCUUCAGUACUAACAAAUCCUUUCGCAAUCUUCCGACUCUGUUUCCUUGGGAAACGCUCACUCAUCAUCUAACAAUCCCGAUUCUCUAAGGUUCUGUCACGUUCCUCUCUUUUCUCUUUUGUUUCGCUUGUUACUAAUCCGUGUGGUUGAUUAGUCUCUAAAGAUAUGGACAGAAUCAGUAACUUGCCUGAUGAAUUGCUUGUUAGAAUAUUAUCGUUUGUUCCGACGACAAAAGUAGCUGUCUCCACAAGCAUCUUGUCGAAACGGUGGGAGUAUCUCUGGAUGUGGUUACCUAAACUCGAUUACGGUCGCAAAGAUUGUCCAGUCUCUGAAUGCGAGAUGCUACGGUGCUUCCUCGACAGGAAACUGCCGUUACAUAGAUCUCCGAUCAUCGAAAGCUUCCGUCUCGAAUUGUCUAAUUCGAUCUUUAAACCGGAGAACAUCAAAACGUGGGUUGAAACAGCUCUUUCUCGCUGCCUACGUGAGCUGGAUAUCUCAUCACAUGACGUCAUCGAUCCGCCUAAGUUUCCAAACAUACUCCCCAGUAACUUGUUUACUUGCAAAUCCCUCGCGAUCUUGAAACUUGCUGGUGAGAUCCUCUUGGAUGUUCCUCCAGGGGUCUCUCUUCCUUCUCUGAAGACUCUGAAACUUCAGAGACUGAGAUACUUCAACGAAGAGACUCUUCAACGGCUUCUAUCAAACUGCCCAGUUCUUGAAGAUCUAGUGGUUGAUUUACAUGAAUUUGAUGAGGAAUCUGUGGGGAAGAUGACAGUUGCUGUUCCAUCUCUGCAGAGUUUGUCACUCUAUAUACCCUAUUGGCAGAAUCUAGAUGGGUUUGUGAUAGAAACUCCUGCUUUAAAGUACUUCAAACUUAUGGAUCAUAAUAUGAGUGAUCACUACUUUUUGAUUGAGAAGAUGCCUAACCUGAUCGAGGCAUAUCUUGAAGUUUUUCUUCCUGAUUCGAAUAGUAUUUUUGGAUCAAUCACAUCUGUCAAGCGACUUUCGAUAUGUUCAGACACUAAUAUGCUUAAUGGAGGUUUUGUCUUCAACCAACUGGAACACCUGAAGGUAUGUAUAUGCACACUGUUUGCCUCCGCGGAUCAACUUAUCGAGCUGCUCAAAGCCUCUUCUAAGUUAAAGAGACUAGACAUUUCCUUCUUUUAUCAACAUACGCCUUCUGGUAUGGUUUGCUGGAAUGAACCAACCACUGUUCCUGAAUGUAUAUUGUCGAGUCUGCAAAGUUUCAGCUGGUCCAAAUACAGAGGAGAGCCAGAAGAGAGAGAUGUUGUGGUUUACUUUCUCAAACAUGCUCGCCACUUGGAGACUGCAACAAUCAAGUCUUCAGAAUCGUCGGGUGUUUCAAAAUCUGAGAUGUUAAAGGAGUUGGAGCUUUCUCCUAGGGCUUCAGCUACAUGCCAACUCAUGUUUGAUUGAGUAUUAUUUUUAAUCUUUUAAAUUUGUCUUGUUCUUCAAUUUCUUGUGUUUGCUCGGACUCAUUUCGUUUGUCUUCAACUCUGAAAAUUUGUGUUUCUGCAUAAUGUUUUGAGAAUCGAUUAAUGACCAGGAGACACAAAGAUUACAUGUAA